GCAGACCCGCCCCUUUCAUUCAGUUUGGACGCAUUUCCCACCAACCGUGUCCAGAAAUGACGGCCAACAGCAGGUACAGGAGCCGCGCGCCACGGACAGAGGAUGCAGAGGAUAAAGAUUAUGUUGGUUUUGCAACUCUGCCAAACCAGGUGCACAGAAAGUCGGUGAAAAAAGGCUUCGACUUCACCCUCAUGGUAGCGGGGGAGUCUGGUCUGGGUAAAUCUACUCUGGUGAACAGCCUCUUUCUCACAGAUCUCCACAAAGACAGGAAGCUGCUCAAUGCAGAGGAGCGGAUCAGUCAGACGGUGGAGAUCACCAAACACACGGUGGACAUCGAGGAGAAGGGGGUGAAGCUGAAGCUCACCAUCCUCGACACCCCGGGGUUUGGAGACGCUGUGAACAACUCAGAGUGCUGGAGGGCGGUCACAGACUACAUCGACCAGCAGUUUGAACAAUACUUCAGAGACGAGAGUGGACUGAACAGGAAGAACAUCCAGGACAACAGAGUCCACUGCUGCCUCUACUUCAUACCUCCGUUUGGACAUGGGCUCCGUCCAGUCGACAUUGAGUUCAUGAAGGCGCUGCAGGACAAAGUCAACGUGGUUCCCCUCAUCUCUAAAGCCGACUGUCUCACUCCGACGGAGAUCAAGAAGCUAAAAGAACGGCUGAGGGAGGAGAUCGAUAAAUACGGGAUAAAGAUCUACCAGUUUCCUGACUGUGACUCCGAUGAGGACGAGGAGUUCAAGCGGCAGGAUAAAGAGCUGAAGGAGAGCACUCCGUUUGCAGUGAUUGGCAGUAACACGGUGGUGGAAGCUCGAGGUCAGAGAGUGCGAGGGAGGCUGUAUCCGUGGGGAAUAGUGGAGGUGGAGAACCCGUCCCACUGCGACUUUGUGAAGCUCAGGACCAUGCUGAUCAGGACCCACAUGCACGACCUGAAGGACAUCACUGCAGACAGUCACUAUGAGAACUACAGAGCCCAGUGCAUCCAGAACAUGACCAGUAAGAUGAAUGCAGAUAAGCGAGUGGAAAGCCCCAUCCCCAUCCUACCUCUGUCCACACCGGACGUGGAGACGGAGAAACUCAUCAAAAUGAAAGAUGAAGAACUGAGGAGGAUGCAGCAGAUGCUCCAGAAGAUGCAGCAGCAGAUGCAUGAGCAGGACCUGUGACCUCGGACAGCGUUACAUCUGUUCAUAUUUAUUCUGGAGAGGAAAUCAAACAUAACACUGCCUGAAACCUUUAAAAUCAAUCACUACAGGCGGUGAAAGGAGGAAAUAGUCACCAGAUUCUCUGAAUAAUACUCACAAAGUAAUAAUCAUUGAAUGACAGCAUGCUGGAAGACGUAAUUUUACUUUAUUUAAAUGUUUUUUAUACAGUCGUUAGCCAAGUGAGUUGUAGUUAGGCAAUAGAGAGUAGACUGCACUUUGUUACCUUUAAACCACAGUAGACUUGAAUGAGACUGAAGCACCUUAGCCUCUUUUCUUUGGUAGUAGAUGCACUGAUGUGUGAGUAUGCUGUAUGUGAGGAGCGAUACACAUGCUGGGAAGAAGCUGGUGGUUUGCAGCUUUAGUUUUGGUGGUGUUUUGCACAUUCUGAUGGGUGUUCCAAGCAUCAGUGCUAGUUAUAUAGCCUUUCAUGGUAAUGCCGAGCCAACAGAUGUGGGUUAUGGAGUUCUAGCUCCUUGGAUCUGCUAACACUGCUCACUUAAAGAUACCAUUGCAGAGUGAAACAGAAAAGCAUGAAUCCAUGUUUUUCUAGUGCAAAGUCUCAAUGGCAGGGACAGUGAUACUCUGAGCUGGCAACACACUCAAAGAUUUUUAAAAUCUUAUCCUAACCAACAGCCAGAGUGCAGACCAGUGAUACUCAACAUGUGGCUCUUUAGUGAUGAUUUGUGGCUCUUUUAUGUCUUAAUUUGAAAUAUUAUUCCCCCAGAAAACCUUUAUAAAGGGAAACUAUGACCUCAGAAAUUAUCCAUUACAAGUCACAUUAAUCAGUUUGAAUCCCCACGUUAAUACGGUUGGCUUUAAUUAUCAACUUUUAUUUUUUGUCUGUAUAUUUCCAUCGCCCUUAUUUGUAAUUAUUUGCCACUUUUAAUCCAUUUUGACUGCUUUAAGCCCCCUUUUGCCAUUUAUUUUUG